AACCAAUCACAUGUAAGUGUAAAGGCAAUGGUUGUCUGCAUACGUUUGUAAUCAUUUCCUGCAUCCAAAGUUCUGAAUGUCAGCAAAAGCACAAUGAGGUACAAGAAAAAGUUGGGAAUAAGUUUCGGUCUCGAGAGGCGCUAGCAGCCGCAGGGUGCAAGAUUUACAGGAGAUCUCGGGAUUAGGGUGCAGUCGUUUUUAGAAACAGUAAGUUAUAAAAAAAUACCAUUUAUACUCAGGAUUUGCAGGAGAUCUCGGGAUUGGGGUGUAGUCGUUUUUAGAAACAGUAAGUUAUAGCGGAUACCGUUUAUACCCCAUACCGGUGACAGAUCAACCGGCUUUCCCCUAAAACUGUUUCCCACAGACUUCAUGACAGCUUCUUCAGCAAAGCAUUCCUUUCUUGCACUGUCAUCAACAAGAACAAUAAAAAGAUUGAAAAGGCACAGAAAGAGAGAUCUGAUACUGCCUGAUUGAAAAGAAGCAUGAAGCUGGUAGUAGAAGUCAUCGAUGCUCAUGAUCUUAUGCCCCGAGAUGGCGAGGGAUCAGCCAGUGCAUUCGUAGAAGUUGAUUUCGAGAACCAGGUCAGCAAAACCAAAACAAUCCCGAAGAACCUCAAUCCAUCCUGGAACCAGAAACUCGUUUUCAGCUUUGAUGCAACCGACAAAACCUACCAUUACAAGUCGAUUGAAGUUUCUGUUUACCACGAGAGGAGGCCGGUUCCAGGAAGAAUCUUUCUUGGAAGGGUGAGAGUUCCUUGCUCAAAUAUAGUCCGGAAAAAGGAGGAAGUUUACCAGAGAUUUAACCUGGAAAAGAAGUCAUUUUUCGGGUUUGUCAAAGGCGAAAUUGGGCUCAAAAUCUACACAUCACCAGAAACCGAGCCUGAAUCUCAUCUCCCAGAAUCUGCAAUCCAGCCAGCACCAAAACCUUCUGAUAUUCCUCUUGCAGAAGCUACAGAGACUGCAGAAACCAUUGCAGUCCCUCGAGUUUCUAGUACUAAUAGCUCUGAAGUCAUCACUGAUAAACCAGAAACUAAAAAACCAGAAAUUGCCAUUGCUGAAGCACAGUUUGAUCCUUCAAGUUCUGCUGAGAAAGCUGCAGAAAAGGUUCAACAUAUUCACAAACACCAGGUUCUUCAGCAGCCAGUGUUUUCAGUGGGGAAAAGACCGGAAGGCAUCCAGUUAAAAAUGAGGCAUCAGGUAAAUCCACAGGCUAAUCCGAACCUCAACGAGGACGAGUUUGAGCUGAAGGACACGAAUCCCCAGCUGGGGGAGCGGUGGCCACACGGGGGAGGAUAUGGAGGAAGAGGGUGGACGAACAACGAGAGAUAUACUAGCGCAUAUGACCUCGUGGAGCAGAUGUUCUACCUCUAUGUUCGGGUUGUCAAGGCCAAAGAUCUUCCACCAGGUGGCAUUACUGCCAGUGUCGAUCCUUAUGUGGAAGUGAAGCUCGGGAACUACAGAGGAAGGACGAGGCAUUUCGACAAGAAGACGAAUCCAGAAUGGAACCAGGUAUUCGCCUUCUCCAAAGACCACAUCCAGUCCUCAAUUCUCGAAGUUUUUGUCAAGGACAAGGAGACAUUAGGCAGAGAUGAUCAUCUAGGAAGAGCAGUGUUCGACUUGAACGAGGUUCCAACGAGAAUUCCCCCGGAUAGCCCCCUCGCUCCUCAAUGGUACAGACUAGAGGAUCGUCGUGGGGAAGGGAAAGUGCGGGGAAACAUCAUGCUGGCAGUCUGGAUGGGGACACAAGCUGAUGAAGCCUUCUCAGAAGCCUGGCAUUCAGAUGCUGCAAUGGCCCAUGGGGAAGGAGUCAUGACUGUGAGGUCCAAAGUUUAUGUCUCCCCAAAGCUUUGGUACUUAAGGGUGAAUGUAAUCGAAGCUCAGGACAUCAUCCCGAACGACAGAACCCGCCUGCCUGAAGUUCAAGUCAAAGUGCAGGUGGGGAAUCAGGUUCUGAAAACCGGGAUAUGCCCCACUCGAACAGCAAAUCCGAUUUGGAACGAAGAGCUAGUGUUUGUAGCAGCAGAGCCGUUCGAGGAGCAGCUAAUCCUCACCGUGGAGGACCACGUUCAUCCCACGAAAGACGAGGUUCUGGGACGAAUAGCCCUGCCACUCUCCACGUUCGAGAAGAGGCUAGACCACAGGCCUGUCCACUCCCACUGGUUCAACCUCGAGAAGUUCGGGUUUGGCACCUUGGAACCAGACAGAAGAAAAGAGCAGAGAUUCUCGAGCAGAUUACACCUCAGAGCCUGCCUGGAAGGCGGGUACCACGUCCUAGACGAAUCGACAAUGUACAUAAGUGAUCAAAGGCCAACCGCAAGACAGCUCUGGAAGCCACCUGUGGGAAUAUUGGAAGUUGGGGUACUAGGGGCACAAGGGCUCCUCCCAAUGAAAAUGAAGGACGGGCGUGGCAGCACAGACGCCUAUUGUGUUGCCCGGUAUGGCCAGAAAUGGGUACGAACUAGGACGAUUCUCGACACCUUUAGCCCCAAAUGGAAUGAGCAGUACAAUUGGGAAGUCUAUGACCCUUGCACAGUCAUAACACUAGGAGUCUUUGACAACUGCCAUUUGGGAACCGAAAAGCCCGGGGCAACAACCUCAGUAAAGGAUUCCAGGAUUGGGAAGGUGAGAAUAAGGCUAUCAACCCUGGAAUCCAACAAACUCUACACCCAUUCCUAUCCCCUCCUUGUUCUCCACCCUUCCGGGGUGAAGAAAAUGGGGGAACUCCAAUUGGCAGUGAGAUUCACAAGCCUCUCUUUAGCCAACAUGGUUUACACAUAUGGACACCCUUUGCUCCCCAAAAUGCACUACCUCAACCCCUUCACAGUAAACCAGCUAGAAAACCUGAGGUACCAAGCCAUGAACAUCGUUGCAGCGAGAUUAGCCCGAGCUGAGCCACCGCUCAGAAAAGAAGUAGUGGAGUACAUGCUGGAUGUGGACUCCCACAUGUGGAGUAUGCGAAGAAGCAAGGCUAAUUUCUUCCGAAUCAUGUCCCUCCUCUCGGGCAUGAUGGCCUUAAACAAAUGGUUUGGCGACGUCUGCCAAUGGAAAAACACUGUCACCUCGGUUCUUGUUCACAUCCUCUUUCUGAUCCUGAUUUGGUACCCGGACUUGAUACUCCCCACUCUUUUCCUCUACAUGUUCCUAAUAGGCCUAUGGAACUAUAGGCUUCGCCCGAGGCACCCUCCACACAUGGACACUAAGCUGUCAUGGGCUGAGGCAGUGCACCCCGACGAGCUCGAUGAAGAGUUUGACACAUUCCCCACAUCCAAAAACCAAGACAUUGUCCGAAUGAGGUAUGACAGGCUGAGGAGCGUGGCGGGGAGGAUUCAGAUAGUGGUGGGAGACAUAGCUACACAGGGGGAGAGAAUGCAGUCUCUUCUGAGCUGGAGAGAUCCACGAGCCACUAGCCUGUUCAUAGUCUUCUGUCUUUGUGCAGCAGUCGUGCUUUACGCCACGCCUUUCAGAGUCCUUGCCUUGGUUGCUGGCCUUUACAUGCUCAGACAUCCCAGAUUCAGGACCAAGAUGCCCGCUGUUCCAAGCAAUUUCUUCAAGAGACUGACGGCUAGAACAGACAGUCUGCUGUAAUACUGACAAAUCAAGAAUCAUGGUUCUCCAAGAUCAGUGGUUUAUGCGUCCCACAACAGCUACUGAUGGAAUUCGGGGCCAAUAUAUAUGAAUUGGGCCAAAUCUACGCACCUUUCUUUUUCGUUUUCUUUUCAUAGUAACAUGAAUUUCAUCCAUUUCCAGUUGAAUUACCAAUCUAGUUAAUCAUCUGACAUUCAUGUCUGAAUAAUAAACCUAUCCACAUCCUAUUAUAUCAGUCCUGUCAUGUAAGGCCCCAAGAGGCGUCACAGACACCUAUUUCAUCUUCACUUCAGCCAAAUAAAGACGGAUCCAGAACAUUGCACUAA